AUGCGACAUACGAAACAGAACGGCCUUGGAGGCUCAGCAUCAUGGAUAUCUUCAGUGAUAAACUUGGUCAACACCAUCGUAGGCGCAGGCGUUCUUGCCAUGCCUCAUGCCCUGUCAAAUAUGGGUAUCACGCUUGGGACCAUUGUCAUUUGUUGGGCUGGCCUCACCAGUGGUUUUGGAUUGUACCUGCAAACUAGAUGCGCGAGAUAUCUGGAUCGCGGCAGCUCUUCAUUCUUCGCUUUGAGCCAGAUCACAUAUCCGGGCGCUGCGGUCGUCUUUGACGCUGCUAUCACGCUUAAAUGCUUUGGAGUUGGUGUUUCGUACCUCAUCAUCAUUGGAGAUCUGAUGCCUGGAGUGGUACGUGGCUUUGUGCCGAAUAUAGAUCAAGGGAGUGCCUUGUAUUUGGUAGACCGCCAGUUCUGGGUCACGGCGUUCAUGAUAAUUGUGAUACCCCUGUCGUUUCUUCGCAGACUGGACAGCCUGAAGUACACCUCCUUCAUUGCUCUGGUUUCUAUCUCGUACUUGGUCGUUCUUGUCGUAUACCACUUCUUCGUCGGUGACGCUGGCGCCCAGCGCGGCCCGGUGCAUUGGGUAGCAUGGCAAGGUCUUGGAUCUACGCUCUCGAGCUUUCCGGUCAUUGUCUUUGCAUAUACAUGCCAUCAGAACAUGUUCUCCAUUCUCAACGAAAUCAAAGAUCCAAGUCCAGGACGAACGACAUCGGUAGUGACUGCAUCCAUCGGAAGCGCAGCUAUCAUUUACGUUCUGGUAGCUAUUACAGGCUACCUCACCUUUGGAGACAAUGUUAUCGGCAACAUCGUAGCGCAAUACGUUCCCAACGUGUUUGCCACCAUUGGUCGUGCAGCAAUAGUAGUCCUGGUCACGUUCAGCUAUCCACUGCAAGUGCACCCUUGCCGUGCUUCUCUGGACGCUGUUCUCAAAUGGAGACCCGUCAACAGACGUACCCAGGAACUCACGCCCGCACCCUCAUCCCGUGGUAGUCCCUCCCGCAGCUCACUGCUUGGUGCUGGCAAGGUCCCAUCUGCGCGAUCAAAUCCAUCAGAAAUGACAGAGAUACGCUUUGCGAUCCUCACUACCAUUAUCAUAAUAUUGUCAUACAUGGUCGCCAUGACUGUGAGCAGUUUGGAUAAAGUCCUCGCCUACGUUGGAUCGACUGGAAGCACAGCUAUAUCGUUCAUCCUUCCCGGACUGUUUUACUACAAGAUCAGCUCGCCUGAUUCACCGCAUCAUCAACGGCUGCUCAAGGAUGAGGAGGACGAAGAAGAAGGUGGAACGAAUAAUGGAAGGCAGGGGCGAAGUGAGCUUCUGCGAAAGCUGAGUCUUGCGAUUGCGAUAUAUGGCCUGUGCGUAAUGAUUGUUUGUCUUGUCACGAAUACCAUCAACAUCGCGAAUGGGCGUUAG